AUGGUGGGCAUCGUCUCGGUCCUUAUCAUACUACGCGGCGCGGCCGAGGAGUCCGCUUCGCUGCAGCGCGUGCUGAGCGCCUUCACGAUCCAGGCCACCCAGUGUCACGACGAGUCGGACCGCCUGCUCGUGCAGGGGCACGUGGCCAUGCUGGAGCUGUCAUUGCGGAAGGACAGGGAGGAUAACUUCUCGGAGGAGCAGGCGCUCGAUAGCUUCAACACCCGCGUGCAGGAGGAGCUCGCCCCCGCCGUCUUGCUCAACCUGGGGCGGCACUGUCUCCCCUACAAAGUGAUGGCGGCAUGUGCGGUUAGUAGUUGUCUGGACGGCGUGGACACCCUGGCAGUUGCGCUCCAUGGUGGCGCGGUGCGCUACGGUGUGCUGAAUUUCCUCACAGGUCUGGAGCAGACCUUCCUCUCCUUCCCGCUCAUGACGAUUUUUCUGAAUUCUCUGGCCGCCCGCCGGCUGGACAUGCGCCGAGGCAGGCUCACAGAGCUGAUGUUCAUAGUGGCGAGCAGCGUGGCGGCGCUCCCAGCAAUCUUCGCUUUUCUUGGGCUGCCCGUGCUGCUCAAGAGGCUGGCGUACGAGUCCGACGUCUACGCCGCCGCCUUGUGCGCGUGGGUGCUCCUGGAGCUGGUCACCACGCUGCGCCUCUUCAGGUAG